AAAAAUAUUAGUUGCCAACAUAUUAUUUUUCAUUCCAUAACCUAACGCAUUGAAUUCAAAUAUGACAUAGCUAUCCCUGUAUAAUAAGAUAAAAUUAGACUAAUAUUUGUUUCACUGUAUACUGCGUAUUCCACGAAAAAAAAAAACAACGUAAAUGUGGAGUAUUGAAAUCAGUAGGUGAUUUUUGUAUCUUUGCCAACCAAGGAUUCUAUGUCAGUGACACUCUAUUUAAAAUCCAGUGGCUAGCGAAAGUGUUAAAAUAGGUUAUACAUCUUACCACGUGUUCUGUAUCACAUGGCACGUGAAAUACUAGAAGUUGUAUUAUUUAAUCGAUUUUUUUGAUGUGUAACUAGUUAUAAAUGUGUUUAUUGAUGGGUUUUUUCUAUAAUAGAUAUUCAUUAUUACGUUUUGUGGUUCGUAACGCCAAAAAUAGCGUGAAUCGUAACCAGUGUCAAGAAAUUCGAUAUUCGAAACCGGCGUGUGGUUAAGUUUUCCGAUAUUGAUCAAACAAAUUGAAGUUCGUCAAUUUCAAUAAGUUUUAAUCAAAUGGAAUUAUUAAUAUCGUGUAGGAAUUGUGUUAGCAGACAGUGAAUAAAAGAAGUAGCAAUCGAAAUUAAUAAACAUCAAGAUAAAUAUAUAUAGUAAUUGAAAAUAGUAUUCGAAAAUGACAAAAACUGGUAUAAUAGAAGGUAUGGGUACCGCAGAAGAAAAAGUAAAACUGAAUGGACACGCCGAAUUGAACAUAGUUUUCAAAAAAAAUGCCAUGGAAACCGAUAAAUUUUACCUUUCACAUACAGUUUUCAUGGUAUUUGGAAUUAUGCAUUUGUUACCAGUUUCUUUCUUCGUGACCGCCACCGAUUACUGGAUGUAUAAAUUUCGGAAUAUUACUGUUGAAACAAACGAUCCAAAUCACAGGUCAGUUCUACAAUCGAAUUUCGCUUCGGGGACAAAUGUAGCUAUAUCAAUACCGACAGUGAUAUGCAUGACGCUAGCAGUGAUAUUUGCCUAUAAAAUUAGGGUGAAGAUCAGAAUUUUGGUUUCCCUGUAUAUCCUAGCAAUUUGUUUCGUUGUAUCAACGGCUUUUAUCAAAAUGGAUACGGAUCAUUGGCAAACCGGAUUUUUUGCACUUACCAUGGCAAUUUUAGCGGUAAUGAAUGGAGUCCUUGCGUUAUUCCAAGUAAGCUCCUUAGCGCUUUUGGCGAAGUUUCCUCCAAUUUACAUGAAGACUUUUCUCAUAGGACAAGGAAUCGGUGGCAUUUUUUGUUCGGCUCUCCAAGUUCUUGCACUUUUCAUAGGUACUUCAUCUGAAUCGUCAGCGUUAGUCUACUUCGUCUCCGGAACGCUUCUAACCACUUUAACCUUAAUGCUCUACCACAUCAUCCAUCAACAAACCUAUUAUAGAUCCAUAAUCGAUAACGCUUUAGAAGACACCAAAAAAGAUUUGAUCACGUUCAAAGAAGUCGUGUUUACGUCCCAAAAAAUUUGGUCCAGUUUGGUGAUUGUUAUCGCUGGGGCUCUCGCUUACGUCCCAACCCAUCCAUCUAUAGCCGCGUUGGUUGUAUCGGAAUUUAAGACGAAUUUUACAGAAAGGUACUAUGUAGCUGUAGUGACGUUUUUAUUCAGUGACAUUUGCUGUAUUAUUGGAAGAGUAUUAGCUGCGUCUAUAAACAAGAGGCCUCGUCCUUCUGUACUUGCCCUCCUCUCAGUAAUCAGAAUGAUCGUUUUCGUGCCUCUAUUCAUAUUUUGCAACGCUUAUCCCAGGAAACAUUUGCCUGUAUUAUUUCCGCACGACUGGCAAUAUAUUAUUAUACUGGCCAGUUUUAUGAUAUCGAGCGGGUAUUUUUUCAACGUAGCGUUUUUAAAUGUUAUCAGGUUGGCGCCUGAAUGCGAGGAAAACUCUUAUCUAAUAAUGCAGACAGUAAUCGGUAUUGUGGGAGCAGUAUUUUCGCCUCUAGGAGUAUUAUGCGUUAAUUUAUUAUAGGCAAUUAAAUAUGUAGCCAGAUUUUAUAAAAAUUGACUAAAAAAAAGGUCCAAACAAAUUGUAGAAAUGUAUAAAUGAAUUCGUGAUUUGUUAGGUUAUGUACACCGCUACACUCACAAUUACACCUUCUAACUAGCGUUUCGGAACCAAGUUAUCCUCUUCAGAUAAGAAACAAACCACGAUGUAAUUGAGAGUGUGGAUGUAGUGAAGUCUCGAAACGUUGUUAGAUAUAUUUAGAAUGAUUCGUUUUCACGCCUAAAAGAUUUUUUUCGGAUAUUUCUAUUAAUGAAUUGAAAUUUUGUAAUGUGCUGAUGCGGUUCGAAUUAUUAUAAAAUCAUGUUCCUAUACGUUCUUGAAUUGGUUCAGAAAUUUAUCAGAAACAUUAUUAGAAGUGGAGCUGAUAUAAUAUGGAAAAAAUCAAUAUAUUUUGGUCAAUUUUUCGAUAAUAGCUUGUCAUAGGUCAUAAAUAACACAAACAGUAGUGACCUUUAUGAUAUCACUUCAUUAGUGACUAGUGAUUUCAACAUAAAUAAUCGAUGGCAUAACAUUGAAAUAAAAUUUUUGUCAUGGUUGGUUACGGUCUUCUUCUUUUUUCACAAAUAAAUCACUGAUUAAGUUGAGUAACGAUCUAGGUUGAACUUGGGGCGAUCUCUAGAUUUGUGUUUGAAGGAAUAAGGUUUAGUGAAACAACCGACGCUCGACAUACGUGACCAUGGACUAAAAAAAAUCAGUUUCUACUACAUGACAACACGGUUGUCGUUUUUCGUGAUAUUGAAGCAGAGAUAGUGCGCAGCGAUUAUUCAAAACGACGUACUCACUAUUGCCAACGGUUAUCUGGUCGUGAAUCUAACGCACUUUCAUCGUCCAUGGUUGUUACCGCAGCUUUCACACCAAGUGCGUUUAAAGGUCAAAUGAAAUUUGGUUGCCAUUACGGUUGGAAACAUCAAGGUCAGUUUUGUUACCAGACGUGUAAACCGUUCCGAACUGUGGAUGUUUUUGGAUAUAAUUGAGUCUGUAGAGUCGCUUUCCAACUGAUCUAGGGCCCAAUGAUCAAACAACCUAUUGUUUGAUAGUCUUCUGGCUUUAAUUCUGACACUAGAUAGACAUUAUACGAAUGUAGGACGAGAUAUUUUCACAAAUACAUUUGUAUUUUCUUGACAAACUCGUUUAUUUCUUGUCCAUGGUUGCCUGGAUAUUUUGUACGUUCAAUUUUUUUCAUAUAUUAUGUCAGCUUCUUUAUUUUUAAGUACGAAUAUUUAUACUAUUGAAUUGAUCCCCAUCUUUUUAUCGAAAAUUGAAUGGAUUUCUAUUUAUACUUAUUUAUUUAAGAAAAAUUUGUACAUUUUUAAAUAAAAAUCUACCUUUGGGAAGCUUUGUUUUUUAUAUCA